GAAGGGGAAAUACGCUUUUCUCGUAAAAAAGAGCGGGAAAAUUCAUUCGCGAUCUUUUAUUCGAAACUUAAGAACAAUGUCGACAUUUUUGAUAAUUUUACGACAAUAUUCAGGAACGGUAUGACUUGAAAAUCGUUAUUUGCAGUGUUGUGAUUUUUUUUUAAUUUAGUUUUUUAUCGGACACAAUGGAUUUGAAUUUUUGGAACAUUUUUCUUCUGCCUUCGUGUUUUAUUUAUAUAAUUUUGUCAACACCUGUGUCGAGUCAAGGACUUCGCGUAACAAGAAUAAGGCAAUACGAUCAUCGAUACUUCCCCGGAAUCGUCGAUCUGGACCAGAAUAAUUUCCAUUAUGAUCAUCUAUUUCGUAGAAGAAUCAAAAGGAAUCUACAAAUGAUCCUAUCACAGCAUUUUACGGAAACCACUGUAAUGCCUGGCGUAGACGUUAAUCUACAGUGUACUGUAAAUGGACCACACCCUGCAAGGUUCAUUUGGGAGAGAGAUGGAGUUGUCGUCUCUUCGAAUACGGAUUCCAGAUAUGUCAUCGGACAAACCAUGUCAACGGACGGAGGCGUGGUGAGCCAACUGAAUAUAUCUCACACAAGAGUGGACGACGGUGGACUUUUCUCAUGCGUCGCUACCCACGGAGAGACUGUCCUUUCUCAUCAUGACAGAGUUAAUGUUUACGGUGCACCAUACAUCCGGACGCUGCCGCCGUUCAAAGUUCAAAGCGGUAAAAGUGUUUCCCUUAGAUGUCCCUACUACGGAUAUCCGAUCAGAGACAUCACCUGGGAGCACAAAGGCAAAGAAAUAACAUCAGAAAUCGCUAACCGAUACAAAAGAUCGAUAAGCAACACUGCACUGAGUAUAGAAAUAUUUGGACGAAAACCGAAAUUAAGAACAAAAAGAGAAGCUCUUAGCGUAUCUAAUGAUGGAGUGUUGACCAUUCAUAGAGUUUCCAAAAGCGACAGUGGGCCGACUUACGCCUGUAUAGUCCGAAGCCCAUCUGGUGAAAUGGCUAAAAGGUCUUUUGAAUUGAAUGUGGUAGAGCCUCCACAGUUAGAAGAUAUAAUGCUAGCUCCUGAUUUGCAAGAAGGUCAGAUUGUUCAGAUACAUUGUAAUCUGAAGAGUGGAGAUUCACCUGUCUAUUAUUCGUGGUUGAAAGAUGGAAAGAAAAUUCCUCCUCAUUUAAAGAUCGUCGAAAGAAGUUUGGAAGUCUUCAGCGUUCUUAUAAUAAAGAACGUGUCUUUGGAUCAUUGUGGAACAUACACUUGUGUCGCCGCAAAUCAUGUCGCUAAAGUUAAUAGGACUGUUAACUUGUAUAUAAAAGUUGCACCAAAAUGGAGUGAAGAACCGCAAAAUACAUCAUUACUGUUGGGCAGGAGCGGUCAUAUUUCAUGUAGUGCUAAUGGAUACCCACAACCGCAAACGCAUUGGUUGAAAAAAGAUUUAAUAUCAGACAACUGGCGCCCGGUGCUCGAAGUGGCAGGCGGGGGAGUUCUCAGUCUAUCAAAUGGCUCUCUAAUAUUCGAUUCAGUAGCUCUAUCUGAUGCUGGGCUUUAUACAUGCCAUGUUGAAAAUGGAGUCGGAGAAGCACUGAGCAAGACUAUUUGGAUUUCCGUUAACAAACCAGUAACAUUCGGUUUAGUAUCACGGAAUAUGACAUCGAAACUUGGACAGCACGUCUCUAUUGAGUGCCAGGCGAAAGGAGAUGAUCCAAUAAGGAUUAUGUGGACGAGAAAUGGGAAUCCUAUCAAUCCUUUGACACAAAGGGUGAAAAUAUCAGAAGUGAAAACAGAAGAUGGAAUGACGAGUAUACUAGAGUUGUUACAAACAGAAACCAGUGACGGUGCUUUAUAUCAGUGCAAAGCGAGUAACCCUUAUGGAGCUGAUGUGUAUAGUGUUCAUCUCAAUAUUUUAGAACCACCCUUACCACCAACGGACUUAUCGGUGGAUUCAAUCAAAAGUCGGUCAGUAAAGUUGUCGUGGAGAGAUAUGACCAGAUCAUUAGCGCAGUACUACAAUCUGCAGAUUACAAACAGUCAAAGAUUAUCUUGGAGUAGUGCUAAAACAAUUAAUAUUACCAGGCAAGAUGAGAUACGACACUCUGUAGAAGUGGAUGAUCUGCAACCAGCAACAAGUUACACGGCCAGAGUCGCUGGUGGUAAUCAGGCCGAUUUGAGUCUCUAUUCUGCCCCUGUCAGAUUUACUACUACUGAGGAAGCACCAUCAUCACCACCCAUCGGGGUUCAGUUAGAACAGACGGACUCUCCAGGUGAACUUCGAAUAAGAUGGUUGCCACCACCAGCUGAUGCUCAUAACGGUCUUAUUAUUGGAUAUCGAGUAAGAGCUGUUCCACAGUUGAGUGGAAUUAAAGAAUCAGAAGAAGUUAGUGACAAAAUAGUAAAAACUGCAUCACUAUAUUCGAAACAAGAGACUAUUGUAUCUGGACUUCUUAAAGGGGUUAGGUACGCGGUGUCAAUAGCAGCCUUCAACAACGCGGGUACAGGCCCUUUUUCAAUUCCCCUCUUCCAAGAUACGAGGGAAGGAGCCCCAGAAGAAGGUCCGUCAUCAGUAGAAUGUGGUGGCGUAACAUCUACUGCUCUCAGAGUCAGUUGGCAACCAAUACCGCCUCACAAACAGGCUGGAGCGUUAAUAGGAUAUACCGUUUUGUAUGCAGCUCAAGGGCGACAUUGGCUCAACGCAACGUCUCUGGUCACAGAACUUCGAUUGCAAGGCUUGUUAAAAUACACCAACUACACAAUCAAAGUGGCUGGCUUCUCAAACUAUGGAACCGGGCCGUUCUCGUUCCCCAUUGUGUGCUCUACGAUGCAAGACGUGCCCGAAGCACCUGCAGAAAUAAAGCUGCUGUCACAAUCAUCGAACACAAUCUUGGUUAGUUGGAAGAAACCUAGACAACCGAAUGGAAGGUUGCUACAUUACACUGUUUAUUACAAACCAACUGCAAGCAAUGAUGGGCCCCAAACGAUAAGAGUAGACUCGAUACAAUUAACAGAAGCCUAUGAAAGAACGCAAACUUUAGAAUUGAAAGGCUUGGACACUGGACAGCAGUACGACGUGUGGGUAACUGCUAGUACCGCAGUGGGAGAAGGACCGGAGAGUCGACGAGUUAGUAAUACACCUUCGCAGAGAGUGGUAGCAGGAGUAGCCUCCCUCGGAGGAGAAGUGACUGUGGCAGUAAGGAAUUCUCUUCUUCUGGAAUGCAAGAGUGUCGGAUCACCACCACCACGUACCGUUUGGUAUCACAACCAGAAUAUCAUAACGCAUCACCCGCGAUUUACGAGAAACAGGGAUGACAGUCUAUUGAUUAAGAGUAUCGACCAAUCCUUAAGCGGAAACUACACAUGCUUAGCCAAGAACUUAUACGGGUCAGAUUCAGUAGUGUACUCGGUAAGAGUAUUACCUUUACCUGAUCCUCCAUCAUUGAGAGCUACGCCGUAUAAGGAUACUAUAGUGGUCGAGUGGGAUGAAAUCAGGACUUAUGGAAAUGAUUCUAUGGGUGGUAUAAGUUAUAAUCUGACUUGGAGGGAAGGUGACGGUGUCUGGCAAGAAGCCUGGCCAGUGGCAAGGGAAACAAGACUACUAGGAAUCCAACAGCAUACACUUACUGGCUUAAAGUGUGGUACAAAGUACUCUAUAAGAGUAACAGCUACUGACAGUAUUGGAACUUCCGCGCCUGCACAUAUUGAUGUCUCUACUUUGGGUGGCCCUCCAAUGUCUCCCACAUCAACUGACUGGCUCUGGAGUAAUGCAACCCACAUCUACGUCCAGCUGAGUGGCUGGGACGAUGGGGGUUGUGACGUCACUAAAUGGGAUGUUGAGUAUAAAUUGUUGGGUUCUAACACUUGGUUGAGGGCUGAGAAUAGAGCGCCUCUUGACCUAAACCUGGGCUGGUCGUAUAUAGAAGGCCACUACCAAUCACCGUCUCUCCGUUCCAUGCCGACAUCCUAUGCCGUUGGAUCUCUCUCGCCGGCUAACUGGUAUCAACUUCGAGUGACUGCUGUGAAUGAUGCAGGCACGGCUUCUAAUGUUUAUACUUACGCUACCAAGACUGCGGAUGGAGAGGAAAUCGGUCCGCCGUCAGAACUUUUUGACCUGAACAUGCUGGUGAUUAUCUGCAGCUCCAUCCUGCUCGUCAUUUGUUUGAUGGCCUUCAUUUGCAUAUUGCUCAGAAGACAUCGGCAAAGUUACGCGUCGCAAUAUCGCCACUCGAUCGCAGAUGAAGUGAAAUCGAGAAACGAAAGUGUGGCCUCACAUUCGGAACACAAAGAGCGAUACGUGCACGCGCAGAGGAUCUAUACAUCACCUAUACACACUAGGAAGAAUAGUAAGAACGAAAUGUUCGAGAUAAGUCCAUACGCAGAGUUUGCUCUUGGGUUCCGGACGUUCGAUCAUGUGGAGAACCAGGACUUGCCCAGUCGACUGCCCAGCAGACCCAGAUUUGAUACUGAAACGAGUUUCCAGAACCGUUCAGAAUCAGAUGACAGCGAUAGCACUUCGAAAGCUACAGUUGCAGCGCUGCCGAGACGUCACUGCCGUACACCACACCACAGAUAACAACAAAAUUUUAGAAAAAGUAUAUACUUGUAAAAAUGUUUGUAUCAUCUGUUUUUAUAUUUUUAAACCAUAUCAAUAUUUCUCUUUAAAUAUACUUAAAAUAUAGUGUCA